AGGUUACUUGCCCGCGACGACGAGAACAGCAAGCGAACCCAAAUCCAAAAAUUAAUCUCCGUCCCUCCUACCUACCUAUACCCAAAAACCUUGGAAACUUCCUAUGACUUCCCAAUUCCCCCCUCACCGUUACAUGAAACGAAGCACUAAACCUCUUUCUCCCCCUUCAUCACCCAUGUCAUGCGUCCACCGGAAUCAUACCACCAAUCACCCCCCUGGCCGCGGGGUAAGCGAGCUGCCCGCUAAACAAACGCAUAAACCCUACUUACCCGACCAACAUUUAACCUCCGACAAGGAACUUCCCCCUAUUCACAAAUUCCCAUCUCGAAUCUCGAACGAGAAAACAGGUUUUCCCCCACCCAUCCAGAGAAAGGCCAUCUUCGGCGCGGCUCCCGAUUCGCGCGUCGCCAUUUGCCGGUGCCCUUGCGCAUUGACGCGAAAUCUUAUUCGGACAUGGAGGUUUUCCCUUUGGCUUCCUUUUCAUGCAUGGGAUUUUAACGUUGGCACCGCAGCACUGCACACUCUGCCGUCAUCAGGGGUGGAGUGACGCUCCGGGAUCAUGGCGCAGAGGGGAAGGGGAGAAUAAGUUUAAUUUCUUUCGCGCAUGCUACCUUACCAGUCAGCUAUUUUCUCGUCCGUCGUCGCGAACCAAGUUUCUGCUGCGGAGAGGGACAAGUUUGUUCUUG